GCUCAAUGCCAAGCUCGCCAAAGCUGGUCCGUGCGUCAGGAACGCGAGAACCCCAGAUUCUUCCUCACACCACCGCCAUUGCCACCCGCCAUCUCCACGAUCAUGCCGUCCUCAUGCAAAGAUAUACGUGCGGCACUGGCCUCGUGCCUUCAGUACUCCGAUUGCGUCCUGAUCGAUCGGAACAAACCGGCCGAUUGCCUGAGAGAGCCGCUGCUGCAGACGUUACCAACAAGAUGUCAGCAGCUUAAGAAGGGCUACGGCGAGUGCAAGCGAGGAAUGGUGGACAUGCGCAAGCGGUUCCGAGGGAACCAACCGGUUGCCAUUCUCGAGGGGAAGGAACAGUCGAAAAGCGGUGGACAAUUGUACGCGGGCAAGCCGGCAUAUUCGGAUCCCAAAUCGUCGGAGACCGAGGAAAAAUAAGAGGAGGUAUGCGGGCAGGCGGCCAUACUCAUGGGCAUGAUGCGUAUCAUCGAGGAUGCGGUCUGGCGCUGUGGAUUGGGACAUGUGCUGGGUGUUCUCGGCGGAGUUGUAUGAUGAAUUCACGAGAGCUAUGUACUUGAAUAGUGCCGGUAACUUCGGGGCGGGGUCAUCUUCUCUUGAAGCACCCGUUCCUCCGAGGAAGAGGAGCUUGAAGCCCGUCCAUCCAUAGGAAUCAAGGACUAUACAUCCACGCGACACCCAGG